AUGGUCGCACUAGUAGAUGACAUAGAGGGUAUUGAUGCACCGGUGGAGGCGGUGGUCUCACUUGUAAAUGACGUAGAGGUUCUCGAUGCACCGGUGCAGGUGGUGGUCUCACUUGUAAAUGACAUAGAGGGACUCGCUGCACCGGUGGAGGCGGUGGUCUCACUUGUAAAUGACGUAGAGGUUCUCGAUGCACCGGUGCAGGUGGUGGUCUCACUUGUAAAUGACGUAGAGGGUCUCGAUGCAACGGUGGAGGCGGUGGGCUCACUUAGGGUCUCGCUGGACUGGUGGUCGGAAGAGGGUCUCGAUGCACAGGUGGAGGCGGUGGUCUCACUUGUGAAUGACGUAGAGGUUCUCGAUGCACCGGUGGAGGUGGUGGUCUCACUUGUAAAUGACGUAGAGGUUCUCGAUGCACCGGUGCAGGUGGUGGUCUCACUUGUGAAUGACGUAGAGGGUCUUGAUGCACCGGUGGAGGCGGUGGUCUCACUUGUGAAUGACGUAGAGGGUCUCGCUGCACCGUUGGAGGCGGUGGUCUCACUUGUGGAUGACGUAAAGGACUCUUUGGAUACCAGGUGCAACACGUCUCCUGGAGAGAUGUUGGAAUCCAACAAGUCUUUGCGUGAGAGCAAUGUCACCAAAAGUGGCAGCUGUGGAUCCGUGUCAGUUGUUUUCCCCAUUACUAUGAUGGUAACGGGAAUGGUGGGCAAUUCUCUCGCUCUUAUGCUGGUUUAUAGCUCGUACAGAAAAAAAGAAAAUAACAGGAAAAAGUCUUUCCUACUCUGCAUCGGGUCGCUGGCAUUGACAGAUCUGUUUGGACAGCUUCUCACCAGCCCGAUAGUUAUAUCGGUUUACAGAGCCGAUUUGAAAUGGGACCGCAUAGACUCAUCGGGGAGUCUGUGUGCUUUCUUUGGAGUGUGUAUGACAACUUUUGGCUUGUGUUCUCUAUUCUUUGCCAGCGCAAUGGCAAUUGAGAGGGCAUUGGCGAUUACAAGUCCUCAUUGGUACUCCAAUCACAUGAAGACAAGUGUGACAAAGCAAAUUCUGGCAGUUAUAUUGUGUCUUGUUCUUUUUUUCUCGCUGUUGCCGGUCGCAGGAGUUGGGCACUAUACGCUGCAAUGGCCAGGCACUUGGUGCUUCAUAAGCACUGGAGACAGAGAGGUCCCGGGCAACAUGUUUUUCUCCAUCACUUUCGCUGUUCUUGGGAUAUUCUCACUUCUUGUGACUUUCUCCUGCAACGUCGUCACAAUUCGUGGAUUAGUUAUUCGUUGCAAAACGAAAUCGGGCACAUCUCACUCAUCCAAGCAGUGGGAACGAUUAACCACGGAGACAGUCAUUCAACUAUUGGGAAUCAUGUGUGUACUGCUUAUAUGCUGGGUUCCUUUACUGGUGCUGAUGUUAAGAAUGAUCUCGACACAGACGUCGUCACAUCACUGCAAACCGGCAGAAGUGUCUUUCACUCCUAGUCAAGACAUCCAGGUGGACUGUAACUUCUUUCUCACCGCCAUUCGUCUGGCCUCUCUGAACCAGAUCCUGGACCCUUGGGUUUACCUGCUUCUAAGGGAGAUUAUACUGCGCAAGUUCUGCCAGGUGGCCAAUGCUGUGUCUAACUGCUCCAUAGACGGACAAAAGGAGACUCAGACGGCCCUGGAUGUUCUCAACAAGCAACCUUCUGACACUAACGGUCUGUAGAAACAGUAAAUGUACCCGAUCAAACUUAAGGAUAACCUGACCUGAUUACAAUUGUUUUUAUUCUAUCACCCACAGUCCAAAAACAGUUAUUGUGCAAUAAUGUUGUGCCACU